GGCAUGCUGGAACAUGUAGUCGGUCUGAAGUCGGCUCCCGCUCGCGAUUUUAUCCCACUUCCGGUGGCAGAAGAGGCCUCCUUGGCCGAGCAUUGUGGGAGUUGUAGUUGACUCUUCGCCCCGUCUCUUGCGUUGUGCUCUCUUGACUCAGCUACCCUCGGCUGCCAUUUCAUACCGGGACCCCUCUUAAUUCCUCAUCUACGUGGAGGGGCAUGAGUGACACUGAUGCCUGCCACAGAGAUGGAUGACUUCCGACGGUCCUACGUUAGGCUGUGCAAGGAGAGCGGUGCUGAACCCCAGGAAAGUAUCCUGCAGCACUUGGUGGAAGCCUCAGGGAAAAGCCGCUUGGAUUUAGCUACACACACCCUUUCUGUGGAAACCUGCGGGGUCCUGGGCAAGCUGUUGCAGGAUGAACUCCAGUUCACCGAGAUCACGCUGAGCAAUUGUAUGCUGAGUGAAGAAGGGGCUAAGCUACUACUUCAUGGACUUUGUUCCAACACUGUUGUGAAAUCCUUGGAUCUGAAGGGAAACAACCUACGAUCUGUGGGGGCAGAGGCUCUGGGGAAACUGCUCAGGCAGAACAAGACAAUCCGGAGUCUCACUUUGGAAUGGAACAACUUGGGUGUGUGGGGAGAAAGCUUUGCCAUUUUCUGCGAGGGCCUUGGCGCCAAUGGUCACAUCCAGUACCUGGAUCUGCGCAAUAACCAGAUCAACCACCAGGGGGCAGGAGAGCUGUCCAUGGCGCUGAAAGCCAAUUCCAGUCUUCGGGAACUUGAUCUGCGCUGGAAUAACAUUGGGCUCCUGGGGGGCCGUGUACUCCUGAAUUGCCUGCAUAGCAACCGGGCACUACGACAACUGGAAUUGGCCGGGAACAAUGUGCCCAGUGACAUCCUGAAGGCUGUGGAUCAAGCCAUGGAACACAACCAAGAACGUCAAAACAUCCUCUGCAAGAGUCGGAGCAUGACCCAAGUGCUCAGCAAAGAGGUGAUAAGCUUGAAGGAGAAGAACUCUAGACAGUACCUGGAUAUGAUGGACACCAUUGACAAGCAGCGAGAGGUGAUGAACCACAGCAGUAGGGUAUCAGCGACACGAAUUGGGCAGUUGCAAGAGGCCCUGACGGAGCGACAUUCCGUGUUGAACUCGCUACAAGCAAAACUUCAAAUGACGGAGGCCGCUUUGGCUUUGUCCGAGCAGAAGGUGUGCAACCUGGGAGAGCUGCUGAGUACGGCAAAGCAGGAGCAGGGGAGGCUGGUUGAGAGCCAGGCCAAAGAGUUGCAGCAACACAAAAUGGCAUCUGCUAAUCGAGAGGCAACACUUCAGCGAGAACUUUCAGCAGCCCAUGAGAAAAACCUCCUGCUCAAGAAUCAGGUGAGCGACCUGGAAAGAAGGUGCAAAGCACAGCAGGAGCAGCUCUUCCAGGUGAAGGAGGACCUGACCCACACAACUGCAGAAAUGAAGCUGCGGGCUGUACAGGCUGAAGAGCGUUUGGACAUGGAGAAGAAGAGGUUCAAGCAGGUCCUGGAAGAUGCAGAGUCCCUUCGGCUGAAGGAGGUAGAUCACCUGAGCCAUCACAUGGAGGCAAGUGAGCGGUCCCUGCAGGAGCGCAUCCAGAGACUGGAAGCCAUCCGCAUAGGGCUUGAGGAGGAAUUGAGCCGAGUGAAAGCUGCUGCCCUUGUAGAGCGAGGCCAGAUUGAGGAAGAGCUCAUCAAAGCCAAGAACCAAGCCAGGUUGGAAGAGCAACAGCGACAGGAGCACCUGGAGGAGAAGCUGCGGCUGAUGAUGCAGUCCCGCGACGAGGCUCAGAAUUACUGCCUGCAGCAGAAGCAAGCAGUGGCUGAGGCCCAGUCUAGGGAGGGCCAUCUGAGCCUACAAGUGGAAGGGCUCAAGAGGCGGGUGGAAGAACUUCAGCAGGAGUUGAGCAGCAAGGACCAGGAAAAGGUAACUGAGAUCAACAAAGUGCGAGUAGGGCUGCAGGAGCAGAUAGGACACCUUGAGGCCGAGAGGACGGCACAGGAAGGGCUGCGGGAGAAGAUUGCAGCCCUGGAGCGACAGCUGAAAGUUCUGUUCAGCAACCACCGGGAGGCGCUACUGGACAAAGAGGGCGAAAUCUCAAGCCUACUGGAGAAGCUGCGGGUUCGUGAGGCAGAGAUCUCCAGGAUGAGGGAGGAGGAAGCCCAGCGAGUCAGCUUUCUUCAGAACGCCAUCAUGUCUUACGUGCAGGGCUCCCCGCGAAGCACUCAGAGCCCCAAGAAGUGAGCAUGAGGAUCCUGGCUUCAAGGAAGGGAGUCUCAAUUAUUACUGUGGACAGGUUGUGGAGUAUCAUGGAGUCCAUCUUCCUUAUGUCGCUAGGAGAUCCUGCACGAGAGGCUGCAUUGCGUCAGCUUACCUGAGGCUGGGCCUGAGGUAUCAUUGGAGUGUUUGCCGUUGCCUUAGGAACUAUUUUAAUGGUCUGCACCAAAGCCAAGUAUUGUUUUUAAACCUUCAAACUGUGAGGAAGUCUCCAAGGCAAAGCCAUCCAUUCCAGUUUGUGAGACCACAGAACGGUCUGGUCGCACGGGCAGGAAAUACAACGUCUUCCUACGUGACAGGCAUUAGCCUCAGCCUUUGGUCUGAUGCACGUUACCUCAGUGGCAUGACCUGAAGCAAAAGCCCCCUCCCAGCCGCAAUGUGGCCAACUGUCCUACUGUAUCAGGAACAAGUGAAAGCACCAAUUUCUCAGAUACCCCAGAUCAUGUAGGUAUUUCCCACGCCAGACUUUCACCUGCACAGGGACUACUGAUGCAGACAUGGGGGAAAUUCUAUUUCAUGGAGAAGGUUGGGACAGGAAUUGCUUUGUAUAGCCUGGUCUACAUCCAUCAGCUCCUUCCACAGAGCGUAUAAUUUGCCUUCCACGCUUGGGAGGAGCUCUCUUGUUGCAGCUUUCGAAAGUGAUCAUUACAGUGAGCGAACCUCUA